CAAAUGAUUAUAGGCCUGUCGGACAUAAGGCUAUGAGAAUAAUCCUGCCUGACGGUCCGCAAGAUCCUAAAGAUCCUCAGAAUUUAAUAAUUAAUACUUUAAAGGAUUGUGUAGCAGAAGCAUCUUUAUUAGAUAGGUUUGCAUCAUUUGUAUCUGCAUACUAUAUAUUUGUUGGCAUAUUUAUUGGAAUUGCUGGGGCAACUCAAUGUAUAGAAGAUAAACAGGACUGGCCAUAUAUACCACUGCUAUUUAUUUGGAACCUACCUGUGAUUUAUUUUAGAAUAAAAUAUGGAUUAGUAGUUAUUAAAGAGCCAAUUUUUAAUGGUAGAUUAUUCGUUGAAAGCUACAAAGAAUGCGAACUUUCUGACAAACAAAAAUAUGUUUUGUUUGUAGCUUUAAUUUCAAUAUUACUUCCUUGGCCUACAGUUGUUAUUGCAUAUUUUACUCGUCCAGUUGGAUUUUUCUGUCGAAGCAAAUUUUUGACAAUAAUAUGUUCUAUAUGGUCAUUUAACAACAUUGUAGCAUAUAUAAGACAUAUAAAUGGUGAAGGAGAUGUUCAUGAGUCUGGUAUUAUUGAUACAAUAUUUUGGCUCAGUGGUGUAAUUAUAUUAAUAGGUUUGGGUUUCUUAAGUGUGUUAGCAGCUGAUCUUGACUUGUGGGUAUCCAUAUUUGGAUCCUCUUGUUAUGUUCCGUCUUCAUGUUAA